AGUAAACAAAUAGCCAGAUAAACAAGCGGACACUCUGGUGAAGAGACCUCCCACUGCCCCUCUUUCGACUCUUGCAUAAUUCGCAAAUUUUAUUUUCCCACACAAUCGGUACCCAUACGAUUUCAUUGAAAACAGGCGCACGCAGAAACUAUCAACAACGGAGCGUCAUAUAUAAGGCACUGGAAAAUUGUAAACACUGCCAACGGCUAAGAGGAAAAGCUUCGCACUCCAUGGGGCUGAGUGGAAAUUUGAUUUUCCGUCUCAUUUAUGAGGUAGAUUCAAACCAAAAUUCAACGCAGUGCAGGCACAGAAUCUGUUUCUGUUAAUCGCUUUUAUUUCUCAUUGAAUUUCUCGCGUGCCUCUGUUCUGUUUGUUUGCCUUUGGCGUUGUUAAUGAAUACCCAUUUUGGCCAACUACCCAAGAGCGAAGCAAGGUCAAUGCCAGCACGGCGAGACUGUGCCAAUAGAGAUAUUAAAAUUCUGGAUAUAUGGCGCGAGGAAUUCCCUGGAAAAUUUUCCCUGCGCUUAUGUAACAUUCAGACCAUCCCAAAUGCUUGAUUUUCGAUUCGAGGCAUGAAUGUUCAUUGCCAGACGGAUGUCUUUCAAGGGAACAACUAGCUUUGAUAUAAUGAGGGAGCUCCUGGCCUUCGGUUUCAUUUUGUUUUUUGGCUUCAGCAUGGGUUUGUCUAUGGAUCACCAUACUGAAAUGUGCUUUCCGCAAAUAAACAGGCAGGAUAUAUUCGAUCUAGCCGUGACCUCUGGCGUCAAGGUGCUCAUACGGCAGGUGGAACUGUACAACGAGGAUUUGCCGAUCUCCUCAAAUAUGAUGGUUGAAAUCACGUCCAUGUUCUCCAAGUUUAUUCUGUCCGGGAAGAGCAUAAAGUUCAUCCUCAGGCUGCUGUAUGUGGCCUGCAAGCUGAACAAACCCACGCCCGGCGAAUUGCAGAAAGAACAAGCUCACAAGGUCGAAACAGCUUUCCUGUGCCUGUUGGAGAUGGGUGCUGAGAAGUGCUACUCAUAUAAGGACAAGGAGGAGGGCGACUUUUCUAUAGAGAUUCCCUGAAUCACGGAAUCGUUAGUCUGUCAAAUAAAUACCUAAAACUAAA